AUGCCGAAGAGAAAGGCAGAUGACCUGUCCAGUUUCCACCUAUCGGCGCAGUUCCGCCUGCUGGUUUUUCACCGGUCCGGCAAGACAAACUGUGUCGCUGAUGCGCUGUCCAGACUCCCCUCUGUCGGGAAGCCGGUCCCUCGAGAUAGCGACGAUCUAGACGCGCUUCACGCAGACACUAACUGGGACGUACCUGAUCAUGUCUACGCCUUCCUCACUUCUGCUGUGUCGAUGAUGAACGAAUUCAAGGCCCGCGUCCGCAACGGGUGCGAAACCGAUCCACGAUGGUCGAUGGUUAUCAAGGAGCUCGGGCGCGUGGCGAGCGACCUCGACCCAGUCAAGGAAAAGCUACCCUACGAGCUAGACGACGGGUUGCUGUAUUCUAUUCAACAAAGCGGAGAGUACUGGCUAUGA